AUGUCCGAGCAGCACUCCCACUCUCACUCUCAUGGCCAUUCACACGAUCACUCCCACUCCCACUCUGGACCAGCUCAUCUUUUCCAGGCCACCUCAUCAAGCGACCAGCCUCCGGAUGGAUGGAGGGAAAGCGGUGUCCGGGUCAUUCCUGGAGACAGCCUCGACGCCAAUACGGCUCAGACCCCGGGAAUGAGUCGAGCCGCCGCUAUAACCACCGCGAGAACAGGAGCGCAAAAGCUGUGGGCAGGGACCGUCAAGAUUCACCCCAAUGCCAAAACCGGCGCCCACCACCACGGUCAUUUGGAGAGCGUCAUCUACGUGGUCAAAGGCAAGGCACGAAUGCGGUGGGGCGACAGGUUGGAAUACACCGCCGAGGCUGGGCCGGGGGAUUUCAUAUACGUGCCUCCUUACGUGCCACACCAGGAGAUCAACGCGAAGGAAGACGAAGAGCUGGAGUGUGUGUUGAUGAGAAGCGACGGCGAGGCUAUUGCGGUGAAUCUGCCUGACGUCGUGCCCGUGGAGAACCCAGAAGGAGUGAAAUGGAUUGAUCCCACGCACCCGACGGGAGGCGUGUGA